AUGUCACUUCCUCAGCGGCCAACCGAUUCAUCUUUAAGACGCGAUGCCCAGCCACCUGGGUUUCGGGACUCAUCCCAUCGACGGCGUCCUGAUCUUGAAGCUGGUGGAUAUGCGGAUAGCCCCUUAACGCCGCCACCCAACUCGCAGAGACACAAUGGCUACUAUGGAAACCCUCAGCCGUCUGCUCGAAUAAGCCCAGGAAAUGAUGCAGCCGCGACAAUGGAUUCAAGGAAUUUGUCUCGGAAAAAGAGUUUGAUUCGACCUGAACGAACCCGUAUGAAUCGUAACCACCCUAACUACCACUAUCGCCAACAUGCGCAAAAUAUGGCUACGUAUCCCUCAACAACAGGCAAUGAGCCAGUACAUGAGAAUGGGGAGGCCGACACAAUGAGCUCAGGAAGUACGGAUAUCAAGAGUCUAACUAGACGCGACGGGAAUAACCCUGGUGCCGACUAUCACGAGGAUGGGGACCGUUCGAGAAAAUUACGGGGUCGUCAUCCAUCACAGCGGGACGUGGGGAAACAUACACAUAGGAAACUGUCGCGGAAGGAAUCCAGAGCCGCCAAGGAGGCAGAAAAGAGGCGCCAGGAAGCAUUAGAUGCUAUCAAACCCCCAAGCUUGUGGAACGUAUAUUGCGGCAUGGUGACCUUUUGGUGUCCUGAUUUCCUCCUCAAAUGCUUCGGAAUGCCCGCGAAGGCUCAAAGACGAGCUUGGCGCGAGAAAAUGGGCCUUAUCAGCAUCAUUCUCCUUAUUUGCACCUUCGUUGGAUUUCUCACCUUCGGUUUUACUCAGGUCGUUUGUGGCAGCCCGGGUGUACGUCUUAAAAUAAACCAGGUCGAUGUGGGAUAUAUUAUCUUCCAUGGGAAAGCAUAUAGUAUGGAAGGCACUCAUCAUCCGGAAGCGUUGGGUAUUCCCGAUAGAUCGAACGUCGCUUAUCCUCCUGUUUCAUACGGUGGUAUGGACGCCAGCUUUUUGUUCCAAAAUGUAAAUGGCGCAUGUAAAGGUCUUAUCACUGCGGCCCCAAACUCAAAUGUGCCAACGAACAGCAAUGGAGAACUGGCUUGGUACUUUCCAUGCGUUCCCUUCAAGCAGGAUGGCUCCUCUCAACCCAAUUUUACCGAACCACCGUACUUGGGUUAUGCAUGUCAUAUGACUGAGAAAGCGAGAAAUACUUUCUAUCACCGCUUAGCAGCGCCUGGAGUGGUAUAUUUCAAAUGGGAUGAUUUGAAGAACAAGUCUCGAAACCUGAUCGUAUACUCAGGUAACGUUCUUGAUUUGAAUCUCCUAGAUUGGUUUGACAGAAGCCAAGUUACCGUUCCCCGACAGUUCGACGAACUCAAGGCAAAUCCAGCGAUUAAGGGUGCCGACGUGACGCAUUUGUUCCAGUCUUCCGCUGACAAACGACUGGCUAAAUGUUUGACCGAAAUCAUCAAAGUUGGAGCUAUUGAUACGGAAUCUGUCGGUUGCAUCGCCUCUAAGGUGGUUCUCUAUGUCUCGUUGGCGUUUAUUCUAUCCGUUGUUGGGGCGAAAUUUGUUCUUGCUUUGACGUUUCAGUGGUUUUUGGCGAGCCGUUUCGCUGCGAAGACGACUAUAAACCCUAGUUCGACAAUGCGGAAAAAGCAAAUCGAAGAUUGGUCCGACGACAUUUAUCAGCCUGGCCCACGUUUGACAGAUCCUGCUUUGCCUGACCGUGGCAGUAGACGCGGGAGCAAAAUCAGCAGCGCUAUUUUCCCAACAACGUCUCGGUUCACUAGCCCUUACGCGAUGGAUCGUGGAGCGUCAAAACAGCGCGCGCCACCCACCACCAUGGUGAGUCAGAAUGCGAAUCUUGCGAACCCGAUGUACAAGACUGGCCAAAACCCCAGUCAAGGGACUUUAAGCGCCGAUCCUUAUAGGCAUAGUCUCGUUGGUAGUCGCACCAGCCUGAUGCUUGGUGCACACGAUCGACCAUUCUCCAUGUCUGUUAGUGAUGUUGAAACACCGGGCAUGUCAGGAUUUGUUAACGAAUCGGUGGUUCCUCAACCUCCACCAGAAUGGCAACCCUUUGGGUAUCCUUUGGCCCAUGCAAUUUGUCUAGUGACAGCUUAUUCUGAAGGAGCGGAGGGUCUGCGCACAACUCUGGAUUCUAUCGCCAUGACCGAUUACCCCAAUAGCCACAAGACGAUUGUUGUCAUUUGCGACGGCUUGAUCAAAGGAGCGGGCGAAACUGUCACUACCCCCGACAUUACUCUUAGCCUGAUGAAGGACUUUACUGUCCUUCCCGAGGACGUCCAGGCCUUCUCGUAUGUUGCUGUAGCCAGCGGAGCGAAGAGACACAAUAUGGCCAAGAUAUAUACUGGAUUUUAUGAUUACGGAGAGCAAUCAGUUGUACCUCUCGACAAACAACAGCGCGUGCCAAUGAUGGUCGUCGUGAAAUGCGGAACACCGGAUGAGAUGCAGAAUAGUAAACCGGGUAACCGAGGCAAACGUGACAGCCAAAUUAUUUUGAUGUCGUUUCUUCAAAAGGUCAUGUUCGAUGAGCGAAUGACGGAGCUCGAAUUCGAGAUGUUCAAUGGAUUAUGGAAGAUUACGGGCAUAUCACCCGAUUUCUAUGAGGUUGUUCUGAUGGUUGAUGCAGAUACCAAGGUAUUCCCCGACAGCUUGACGCACAUGGUUUCUGCUAUGGUCAAGGACCCAGAAAUCAUGGGUCUCUGCGGGGAGACGAAGAUCGCCAAUAAAAAAGAGAGUUGGGUUACGAUGAUACAAGUGUUCGAGUAUUUCAUUUCCCAUCAUCUUUCCAAAUCGUUUGAAUCAGUUUUCGGUGGUGUCACUUGCUUGCCAGGUUGCUUCUGCAUGUAUCGAAUCAAAGCUCCCAAGGGAGGGCAGAACUACUGGGUGCCAAUUCUUGCAAAUCCAGACGUGGUUGAACAUUACUCGGAGAAUGUCGUUGACACCCUUCAUAAGAAGAACCUUCUCUUGCUCGGUGAGGACCGAUACCUGUCGACGCUUAUGUUAAAGACCUUCCCAAAACGAAAACAAGUUUUCGUACCCCAAGCAGUCUGCAAAACUACCGUCCCAGAAAAAUUCAGCGUUCUCCUAUCCCAGCGCCGCAGGUGGAUCAACAGUACCGUGCAUAACCUUAUGGAACUUGUUCUUGUCCGAGAUCUCUGCGGGACCUUUUGUUUUAGCAUGCAGUUCGUGGUAUUCAUGGAACUAGUGGGAACUCUGGUCCUCCCUGCUGCGAUCUCUUUCACGUUCUACGUCAUUGUCAUCUCCAUUAUCAGAAAGCCUGUCCAAGUCAUCCCUCUGGUCCUUCUGGCACUUAUUCUCGGCCUGCCUGCGAUCCUAAUCGUUGUGACCGCCCACCGCCUCUCAUACGUUAUGUGGAUGUUUAUUUACCUGCUCUCGCUGCCGAUAUGGAACUUUGUGCUGCCCACCUAUUCCUAUUGGAAAUUUGACGACUUUAGCUGGGGUGACACUCGUAAGACGGCAGGGGAGAAAACGAAGAAGGCCGGAAUCGAGUACGAGGGAGAAUUUGACAGUAGUAAGAUUACUAUGAAGCGAUGGGGUGAUUUCGAGAGGGAACGACGUCUGAAACUUAUGGGUACUAACUGGUCGCAAUCGCAAACGAAUGUAUCUGGCUAUCCGCCACAUCAAUCCAUGUACGAACCCUAUGACUAUUAG